ACAGCAAGGAACAAAACCUCAGUGCACCGCUCAAAACACAGGAGAAACAAACCUCACCAGUGUCUGUCAGAGACCACUGAGCUACGUGAGCAACAGAAAAACAAGUUAAGACUGAUCAUUGCUGAUUUGCAGACCAAACUGAUGGAAGUGCAGUUGGAAAAAGAUGCACUUCAGGAUACCAGGCAAAAGGAAUCCCAGGGACAAGAGAAUGUAAAAAUACAGCUACAAAAUACCAUUCAGGAGCUGGAAGCUGCCAACCAGCUGCGGGAGGAGAUGCUGAGGGAGGCUGACAGCCAAACUGAGCAUCUGAAAAAGGUGGUACACAACCAUGAGGGAGUACUUCUGGGACUACGUGGCAUCCUGCUGGACUACAAAGACAGCACAGGCUGUGAGCAUGAGCAUGAGAACAGGACUAGGCUGCACAUCCACAGCCUGAGCACAGCAUUCGCUGACAUCCUGCAGGGUUUAGACUCAGAGGUGUCAAACCUUAAAGAGAGGGUUGUCGUGGUGGAAGAAGAACUUGAGUCAUUUAAAAAUGAUUCAUGGACCCAAAAAGAACUUCUGCUUCAGCAACAUCAAAAUAGGAUUGAGUAGUUAAUGGGUGAGCAUGAACAGGAGGUGGCAGCACUAACUGAUAAAGCUGACAGUGCACACAGCUGUGCAAAUUUCCAAAGCCAGUUGGAGAUAAUUCAAGAACAAACAAGAAACCAAAAUUCAGUGUGUGCACAUCAACUUAGUCACGUGGAAUCUACAGCUUCUCAGCUGCAUUCUGAGUCACAUGAAGCUAAGAGGAGGUAUGAAGACAAGGUCAAAGAUCUUGAGAAUCAGUUGCACCUAGCUCGUUCUGAGAUAGCAGAGGCUGAGACAGAUGAGGAUCAACACAGCCAGGAAUCUGGAGAUCUGAUUAACCGGAUUCAUCAAUUGAUGACUGAACUUCAUGAAAAAGAGAGAGAGCCAAGUCUAGAAAAAGAGCAGAACAAGCGAUUUUGGGAUGGGCACACAGGCAACAGCAUCACCAUUGCUCCCCUGAGGAGGGAACUGGACAACAAAGCCAUGCAGCUGCAGCAAGUGGAAAACACAGUGAAAGCAACCAGGACUGCAUGGCACGGAGCAAGGGAGCACCAGGUGGCUGCAAUUCAGCAAAGAAGUGAAAGCAUUGGAAGAAUCUCCUCCUUGACUGUCCAACUGGAGUCAGCCAAGGAAACACUCCGUAGAGUUAAAGACCUUGCAGCCAAACAGAUGGAUUUGGAGACUGCUGAGAAAACAGUGUCAAACCUGGCAGCCUGUCUGCAGGGGAAAGAGAGAACCCUUGAGGUGACUGGUAAGGAAACCAAGAAGCUGCAUUCCCAGCUUGGCAGUAGGGUGCAGGAGCUUCAGCACCUACAGACUGAAGAGGAUGGUUUACACGGUGUGCAGUCAGAGUGUGAAACACUGAAGCUGCAGCUGCUGGAAAAGGAAAAGGUUAUUGAGAUCUUCCGGAAGCAAAUAGGUGAGAUGACCCAGAUUGUGGGCCAUCACAGCCAAACUGCUGGAGCAAUGGAAGUUGAGAAAUCUCAGCUUAUAAAAGAAAUCAAUGAGUGGAAGCUUAAAGCAGAAGGACUUAAGAUUGCAAAGGAUGAGAAAGAAGCCAGAAUACAUGAAAUGGAAGCCAGGCUGAAUGAGCUGGAACUGGAAAAGGUUAAACUGGUAAACACCUGCAGCAAGAGGCUCCAUGCACUUCAUGAAAUGAAACUGGAAAAAGCCCAGCUAAUGAAGGACCUGCAGGCAGGUCGGAGUGAGUUAGCUGGCCUGGCAGAGGGAUUUGAAGAUUUGGAGAGGGAUUACCAGGGUAAAAUCAAGGAGAUGGAAAAUACUGCAAACAGGUUGAAAAUGCAGUUGAAAUGUGCCCAAGGAGAACUGGAACAAACCAGGACUGCUCUAAAGACUAUGGAGGGAUCUGAUGGCCAUGCUCUGAAAGUUGCAGUGGGAAUGCAGAAGAAGAUCACAGCCAAGAGAGGACAGAUAGAUGCAUUACAGAGCAAGAUAAAAUUCUUGGAAGAGGCAAUGACAAAUGCAGCUAAGGAGAAGCAUUACCUCAGAGAAGAAAAUAGUAAACUAAGUGAAGAAUUGAGCUGUAUUACAGCAGAAAACACCAAGAUUGCUGGGAAACUGGAAAUCUUGAGAUCACAAGACAAACGCCUGAAAGAAAAAAUAUCUAAGAUGGAGACAGCCCUUGAUAAGGCAUCCAUGCAGUUUGCAGAAUAUCAGUGCAUCAUCCAGUGUCAGGAACAAGAAGCUCUGCACUUCAGGCUGCAGCAUGCCUUAGAUGUAAAAGAGCUGCAGGUCCCAGGCUCUGCUUUAGGCAGGCAGCUGCACGUGGUGCCUCUUCCCUCCCUGCACUCUGCUGUCCUGCCACCUUCCCUCACCUGGGCCAGCUGUGCAUCUCAUGUGAGUACCUGCCUCAGAAUGGGAAGCUGCACAGGCAACAGGGAUGUUCCAGAGAUGAAAAAUAACAUGGAAUUUUUAAAUGGGAGAGCAUCUCGUUUAGUAAUAUCCAAGUGUGAAUUCUUGCCACCAGAGGUGAAAUUAUUUUCUGUAGCUUCUCAUCCAUUAUACUCUUUCAGAUUUCCUUUUUUUUUUAUAUCUUGCCUCUCAGUUAUGCCUCCCAAGCUAGGCAUGUGGAAGGAGGAACCACUGCAGGAGCUAAAGAGGAUUGUUCAAGAAUUAACAAGCUUAGACAAUGACAUUACCAUUGCGGAUCUUGGCAGAGAUGACAGCAGUGGUGGGAGAAAAUCACCUUUAGCAGUCAUGAGGAAUAGAGUGGAUCCUUCAUGCUUACCUACUGCAGGUCUCCAGUCCCAAGAUGUUACCCUGCCCUUUACACCCCUUGGAGGUAAAUCUAUCUUCUCAGCAGCUCCUCAUUAUAGAUCCUCCUCCAAGAAGGCCUCUCAGGAGCAGAGACACAGAGAAAGAUCUCCAGUGCACUUGCUGUUAACUUCUCCACCUGAUGACCUUACAGCUGGCCCCAGCACGUCACCAGAGCACAGACCGUGGGCAAGGACAGUUGGUUUUCCAAAGGGUGCAGCCACAGUCCCUCAGAUAACUUCUCAGCUCAUGGAAACUAGUGAGAAGACACCUAGGAGGCUACAGAAAAAGAUGAGAAGCCAACAAAACCUGGUGGAAUCAUUCCAAAGAAAAAGCCAAGCCAUGUCAUCAAUGGUCAGAACUCAGGAAAUGGAGACAGAGAAAGCAAAGGACGAAGAGAAGAAGCUGUCAGAGUGAAGAUUUUGGAUGAGAUCAGUGAUUACUUUCACGAGCCUGGUGAGACUUCACUUGGAGUAUUGUCUCCAGUUCUGGGCUCCCCAGUUCAAGAAGGACAGGGAUCUACUGGAGAGAGUCCAACAGAGGCUACAAGGAUGAUGAAGGGGCUGGAACACCUGCCUUAAGAGGAAAGGCUGAGAGACCUGGGGCUGUUUAGAAAGGGGAAGACCGAGGGGGGAUCUAGUUAAUGUCUAUCAAUACAUGAGGGCAGCAAGAAGGCAGGGACAAGCUCGUCACUUGUGCCCUGUGAUAGGACGAGGGGCAAAGGGUUCAAACUGGAGCACAGGAGGUUGCACCUCAACAUGAGGAAGAACUUCUUCACUGUGAGGGUGACAGAGCCCUGGGACAGGCUCCCCAGAGGAGUUCUGGAGUCUCCUUCUCUGGAGACUUUCAAGACCUCUCUGGAUACCUUCCUGAGUGAUCUGCCCUAUUUUUUUUUUUGGUUCUGCUCUGGCAGGGGGGUUGGACCCGAUGAUCUUCCGAGGUCCCUUCCAACCCCUGACAUGCUGUGAUUCUGUGAUUCACUCUUUACAGUUCUUACUUUUAAAAGAGUGGGAAGUACAGAUGAGUAGAAAUACAGCUACAGCCUCUUUCACUGCCACAUAUUUUCAGUAGGUCUGUGCUGUGACACUGGCCACAGGGCACUGCUGACUGCUUCAGGUUCCAGUAUUUUCCAUGUGUUUUGGAUGCACACCAUUUCAGGUCCUCUUGUUGAGAAAGCUAGCUUUGAAAUACCACCAACUAUUUCAAAAAAAAAAAAAAAAGCAGGAAACUUGCCCAAAGCUCCUGUGAAUGUUGAAAUAAAGCAUUGAACCACACACCUGUGGCUGACCUUCCCUUAAUAUCAGUGCCUAGGUUUUCAAAGGCCAUUCUUAGUGUAAGAUAAGUGAACAGAAAAGCACAUUGAGCACUGGCAUUCAUGUAUUUCUUUGUAAACCUCUUAUGUUUUCUGACAUGCGAGUAUUUUGCAGCCUAGUGGAUUUUAAAAAGGUAAGACUGUCCAAUGCUAAAAACUA